AUGGGUUAUAAUCUUUAUGAAGCUAUCGGAAGAGGAUAUAUGACUGGAAAUUCAGAAAAAUUUGACACAUCUGCAUACUAUUGUAAUUUAAUACUUCCAUGUUCUUCUACGCUUGAUAAUCAUUUUCAUCACCCAAAUGUUGGCUAUGGUGAUACUUCUUUAGAUGCAGCUGAUUUCUCACAUCUACGUGAAAUCAUUGGAAUAGAUAAUACUACAUUAGGUAUUUUGCAAGUGGAUGGAAUGGAUCUUUUCUCUAGUUUAAGUAUUAAUCGUAAAUCUGGAUUAUUAAUUGGAGCUAUUCAAGGUCCUAUUCCAAUAACACAAUCACAUACAAUUAAUGAUAAUAUUAUUCAAAAUAAUUUUCUGGCCGAAAAGGUUAUCCAAACACUCUAUAUUGAAGGAAAAUUGAGAAUUCCAGGCAAUUUCAAGUUUUGCAAGUCUGAAACAAGUGAAGAUCUUCAACAUGUUAUUACAAAAUUCAAGGAUGUGUAUACUAAUCAAAUAACAUGCACUGUUUCUGAUGCAGGAGGUGCUAAUUGGCAAACAUCAGAAUAUCCUCACCAUUUUUGCUAUUCUCAUUUAUUUGUUUCUUGGGCCAAUAAGAAAUCCACUACUGUUAAUGGUGCAAGCUCAUCUUUUUUUUACACUAUUGAUGAUUCCUUGCAUAAUUUAUCAUUAACUUUUCUCUGCUCCAACCCCAACCAAACAAGUAUUCCAAAUUUAACAAUUAACAAUAGAAGUAUUGAGAAUGUGUUUUUCAUUUCAAUUGAAGAAUCACUCUUACAAAAAUUUGAGCUGAAGACAUUAGAUGAAAUUUACCAAACAAAUCCAUCAUAUUGGUGCAAAAUUAUUAGAAGGUCUGCUUUUAUUAAUUAUGAUGAUCAAUCUGAAGAUGUAUUGCGGCAAGUGUGUUCUCCCUUGUUAAUUAAUGAAUUGGCAAAAUUGAAUCAACAAACUAACAACAAAUAUUUGGGUCUAUAUUCUUACUUGAAACUUAUUCAUGAUUUUUCACGUACGAUGACAUUCACAAAGUCACAAAGAAAUCAAAAAAUUCUCUCACUCAAGUUAUUAAUUCUUUCUCAAUCAUUAGAGUUUCUUGAUUGGUGGGAUGAUAUCUUUAGUGAUGUAAAUAGCACCAACAAGAAUAAUAAUUUUACUAUUUUUGGAACGUUUUCCAAGGCAACGAUUAAGCAUAACUUGGAAACAAUUUCAAAAUUAAUUCCCUUAAUACCACCAAAUACCCAGCCACAACUUCAAGUGUUUGGCACAAGAUCUUUAGAAGGAUUUUUUGGUGAACAACGAGUGUAUUCGAAAAGAACAACAGUAAUGGAGUAUAUUAUGAAAUAUUCAUCACUCAAAUUUCAAUAUUUCAAGAAAGAAUGUGUAAAACUACCAUAUACUACAGGUGUUAAACGGAAAUACACUAACGAGGAACAAACAGAUAAAUCAAUGGAUACCAAGUCCUUUGUGACCUAUUUACAUCAAAUCAAACAACAAAUUGAAACAAAUCAUGUUCCAUUCACAGACAAUGAUUGUGCUCGAGCUGAACAUCUGCAACUCCUAUGUGUAAAAUAUAGUGUAAAUUCUAUUAGACAAACAUAUCAUCAGUUAUCAUAUAACAACAAUAAUUCGGAUGCAAUUACAUUCACUCCUCAAAUGCCCAGAUUCAACAGACAAAGUCUUGCACAGUUUACAAUCUCUACUCCAAGACCAUUAGAAUUUUCUCAAAUACAAUCUAGAGAGAUGGAAGGUGUUCGAUUAAGCUUUAUAAUGACUCAUGAUUCAUUAUAUCACAUUGAAUCAGGGUUACCAGUAUUCAAAUUAUCCUCCAAAAUCGAAUUAGAAAUAUUUGGAUUACCAUUUAUUGAAACAGAUUAUUCUCCAAAAGUGGCAAUUUUAAAUUCUCCAAAAAAGCAAGGAAAUUCAUAUACUGAACUGCCAUUGAGUGUUACUUUCUUUUCAAUUCCAUCAUCUCAAACUCAUAGAUUGGUUUGCGAUAUUAGCUCAUCAACAAUUAAUUAA